GACUUUUUAAGUCAAGCUUUUCAUAUUCUCUCGUUUCACAUCAAAAUAAACAAAAAGAAAAGAAAAAAAGCUAAAGAAAACGAUGCAUUCUCUGAGGAAGAUGAUAAUAUGGAGCUCCUGUUUAAUCUUUUCACUUUCUUACUCAAUACUUGUUUUCGCUUCUUCCCCUGCUAAGCACAUGUGUCGUCCAGACCAGAGGGAUGCUCUUCGGGAGUUCAAGAAUGAGUUUCACUUCAGUGGGACGGCCCCUAAUGAGAAGACACAGAGGUGGCUAAACAACACUGAUUGUUGUUCCUGGGAUGGUGUCUCUUGUGAUCUCAAGACGGGGAACGUCGUCGAUUUAAAUCUCUGGGGCAGUUCUCUCAACGGCUCUUUGAGAUCUAACAGCGGUCUGUUUAAACUACAACAUCUUCAGAGCCUUAAUCUUAGCUCCAAUAAUCUCGCGGGAAUUCUACCGGACUCCAUCGGCAACCUCAAACACUUGAGGGUCUUGAAACUUUACGGAUGCGGCUUCUUCGGAAAGAUUCCUUCUUCGAUAGGGAAUCUUUCCUAUCUCACUCAUCUUGAUCUUGAAGGCAAUGGUUUCACCGGCGAGCUACCGGAGUCGAUGGGCAAACUAAACCAACUAACAAAGGUGCUACUCUCGACGAGCAAGCUCAGUGGGAGCUUUCAUCAUGCACUACUCAACAUGACUGAGCUUACGUGGAUCGACCUUCGUUCUAACCAUUUAGAAGGUAACCUCCCAUCUAACAUGAGUAGCUUCUCCAAACUGGUGCACUUUGAUGUUGGUUCGAAUUCAUUUUCCGGACCUAUUCCAUCGUCUCUUUUCACGAUCCCUUCGUUGAUCUUUCUUAACCUGGAGAAAAACAGCUUCAGCGGUCCUCUUGAGAUUGCGAAUACAUCUUCUUCAUCUUUGCCUUCUAAACUUGAGACUUUAACCCUUGGUGGAAACUAUUUGAAUGGACCUAUCCCGGGGUUUAUAUCGAAACUAGUCCGGCUUUCGUUACUCGACCUCUCCUUUUGGAACACCGGGUCCACGGUCGAUUUCAGCAGCUUCUUGCAUCUCAAAUCACUUGUGUUACUCGACCUCUCGUAUCUGAAUACGAGAAGUUUACUUGAGUUGAGUCUUUUCUCUAAGCUCGUUUCACUUUCUAUGCUGGAUCUUUCGGGGAAUCAUUUGAAGAUCAGUUCAAGUCUCCAUCUCCCCUCGCCCUUGGGAUCGCUGUCUCUAGCGUCAUGCAAUAUCUCCGAAUUUCCAAACUUUCUUCGCAAGCAACCCAAUUUGUAUUAUCUGGAUAUUUCCGCCAAUCAAAUCGAAGGGCGAGUACCGGAUUGGUUAUGGAUGUCAGAACUGGUGUACCUUGACAUUUCGAAGAAUGCUUUAACCGGCUUUGACGGACCAAAAGAUGCUAUUCAAACGAGUCCUCUAGAAAUGCUCGAUAUAAGUUCAAACACUUUUCAAGAUCCAUUUCCUUUGUUACCAAACUCUACUAGGUUCUUUUCGGCUUCAGAUAAUCAGUUUUCGGGAGAGAUUCCGACGACGAUCUGCGGAUUGGUUUCUCUUGACACACUUCUUUUAAGCAACAACAGAUUCAUCGGCUCUAUACCUCGGUGUUUCAAGAGUUUCAACACUAAGCUUUCGCUCUUGCAUCUCCGAAACAACAACCUCUCUGGUAAGUUUCCUGAGGAAUCUAUCAGCGUGGGAUUGAUUUCACUUGAUGUUAGUGGCAAUCAGCUAUCAGGAGAGCUUCCAAGGUCUUUGAUCAACUGCACUCGCCUCGAGUUUCUCAACGUUGAAGACAACAUGUUCAAUGACACUUUUCCUUCUUGGUUGAGUUUGUUGCCUGAUUUGCAGUUUCUUGUUCUUCGUUCUAACGAGUUCCACGGGCCAAUAUAUUCUCUGAGUUUCCCCAAGCUUCGAAUCUUCGACAUUUCGAAAAAUAUCUUCACUGGCGUCCUACCAUUGGAUUACUUUGCUAACUGGAGUGCAAUGUCUUCAGGUGCAUACGUUACAGAUAAUAAGCAAGAGAGGUUUAUGGGAUUUAGCUUUUCGAACUAUCAUAAGUCGGUUGUUCUAGCAAUCAAAGGUUCGGAGAUGGAGUUGCUUGGGAGUGGUUUCAGAAUGUACAAAACCAUCGAUGUCUCCGGAAACCGUCUGGAAGGAGAUAUUCCCCAAUCCAUCGGUUUGCUGAAGGGACUGAUUGUGCUCAACAUGUCAAACAACGCUUUCACUGGCCAUAUUCCACCGUCUCUAUCGAAUUUGACCAAUCUCCAAUCACUAGAUCUGUCCGAAAAUAGAUUAUCCGGUAAUAUACCGCCAGAGCUUGGGAAACUCUCGUUUCUAGCGUUGAUGAACUUCUCCAACAACAUGCUCGAAGGUUCAAUACCACGAGGCACUCAGAUUCAAAGCCAGAAUAGUUCCUCAUUCGCGGAGAAUCCUGGCCUAUGCGGUGCUCCUCUUCAAGAAACAUGCGGUGGAGGAGAAGAAGUAUAUGAAGUAAUAAAGGAAGAAAAUGAUCAAGUGUUGAGCUGGAUUGCAGUUGCAAUAGCCUAUGUACCAGGUGUUUUCUGUGGACUCACCAUUGGCCACAUUCUGACUUUAUAUAAACCUGAAUGGUUCAUGAGGAUUUUUCACUCUUUUGCUUAAUAUAGCAUCAGUUGCCUGAUAAUAUCUAUCUAUUGUCUUCUUUUUUUCUGUGGUCAAAUUAUCUACCAUCUUAUAAUCAUCUCCCUUGUUUUUAAAUUAAUAUUGUAACGUUGUCAAGAAUUAGCUUUCCUUGUAUUGUUUGUGAGAGUAUGCACUUUUUGGUGGAGUUGAUUUCCUUUUGAAGGCUUGUCA